GCGGCUCGGCCGGGCUGUGGUUAGUGCGCAGCGCGCAGGCCAGGGCAAAGACUCAGAGACCAGAGCAGCAAGCACCCAGGCGGCCUGGAGCGCGACGGGCACUAUGAGCCGCAAAUGCGACGUGAUCGUGGUGGGGGGCGGCAUCUCAGGUCUGGCAGCAGCCAAACUUCUACAUGACUCUGGUCUGAAUGUGGUGGUUCUGGAAGCCCGUGAUCGUGUGGGAGGCAGGACUUACACAAUUAGGAACCCAAAAGUUAAAUAUGUGGACCUUGGAGGAUCUUAUGUUGGACCAACCCAAAAUCGUAUAUUAAGAUUGGCCAAGGAGCUAGGAUUGGAAACCUAUAAAGUAAAUGAAGUUGAGCGUCUGAUCCAUCAUGUAAACGGCAAAUCAUACCCCUUCAGGGGCCCAUUACCAUCUGUGUGGAACCCGAUCACCUAUCUAGAUCAUAACAAUUUUUGGAGGACAAUAGAUGACAUGGGGCAAGAGAUUCCCAGUGAUGCUCCCUGGAAGGCUCCCCUUGCAGAAGAGUGGGACCACAUGACAAUGAAGGAGCUCCUAGACAAGAUCUGCUGGACUGAAUCUGCAAAGCAGUUUGCCACUCUCUUUGUGAACCUGUGUGUCACUGCAGAAACCCAUGAAGUCUCUGCUCUCUGGUUCCUUUGGUAUGUGAAGCAGUGUGGGGGCACCACCAGAAUCUUUUCAACGACCAAUGGAGGGCAGGAGAGAAAAUUUGUGGGUGGAUCUGGUCAGGUAAGCGAGCGGAUAAUGGACCUCCUUGGGGACCAAGUGAAACUUGAAAGGCCUGUGAUUCACAUUGACCAGACAGGAGAAAAUGUCCUUGUGGAGACCCUAAAUCAUGAAAUAUAUGAGGCAAAAUAUGUGAUUAGUGCUAUUCCUCCCAUUCUGGGCAUGAAGAUUCACUAUAGCCCUCCUCUGCCAAUGAUAAGAAACCAGCUGAUCACUCGUGUGCCUUUGGGUUCAGUUAUCAAGUGCAUGGUUUAUUAUAAAGAGCCGUUUUGGAGGAAAAAAGAUUUCUGUGGAACUAUGGUUAUUGAAGGAGAGGAAGCUCCAAUUGCCUACACAUUGGAUGAUACCAAACCAGAUGGCAACUACGCUGCUAUAAUGGGAUUUAUCCUUGCUCACAAAGCCAGAAAACUAGCACGUCUCACCAAAGAAGAAAGGUUGAAGAAACUUUGUGAACUUUAUGCAAAAGUUCUAGGCUCCCAAGAAGCUUUGCAGCCUGUCCAUUAUGAAGAGAAGAACUGGUGUGAGGAACAGUACUCUGGGGGCUGUUAUACUACCUACUUCCCCCCUGGGAUCAUGACUCAGUAUGGAAGGGCUCUCCGGCAACCAGUGGGCAGGAUCUUUUUUGCAGGCACUGAGACGGCCACACACUGGAGUGGCUACAUGGAGGGGGCUGUGGAGGCUGGGGAAAGAGCAGCCCGAGAGAUUCUGAAUGCCAUAGGGAAGAUUCCAGAAGAUGAAAUCUGGCAGCCAGAAGCAGAGUCUAUGGAUGUCCCUGCACAGCCCAUCACCACCACCUUCCUGGAGAGACACCUGCCUUCAGUUCCAGGCCUGCUAAGGCUACUUGGAUUGACAACCAUAUUUUCAGCAACAGCUCUAGGCUUUCUCAUCUACAAAAGGGGGCUGCUUGUACGGAUCUAAUGACAUCUAAAUGGCAGGGCAUAUGGAGCCACAUUGUUUUCUUAUUCUACUUGGGCAGUGGGGUGAGAUCUAAUUCAAUGAAGAGUGAGGAAACACGGUACCUCUUUCUCCAUUUUGGCCCUGGAUUAGCCUCCUUUACUUGAGAGCAACACUAUGUCCUACAUAUUUCCAAGUUCCUGUCCUCAGAAUGUUCAGAGUGGUUACACCAGGGUGUUUAAGCUGUUUGAUUUCCAACAACACACCUAGCCCAUCCACACAAAUUUCUUCCCAUCUCUGUGCUUUGCCUUGUCUUUGCUUGCCUUGUAGUAUCUGUGCUUUCCCAAGUUCUCUGUAGUUUUCUUUAGAACUCUGUCUUCUUGUAGCUAGAAGACACCUUCUGGAGCUCCCCCUCUAUUUUAGAGUUGAAUAAACUAUGGUUGACAGAACUUAAUCACCUAAGUCCCAUAAUAAACCCAUUGGUAGUAGAGUGACUAGAACAUAGAUUUAGUGCUUUUCCCACCUACUGGGAUGUAUUUCCCAACUGCCCUCCUUUGUCUUCCAUCAUAGUAUGUGAUGGUUGUCUCUAUGUAGACUUACUCUGUAUUAAGUCAUCUUGUACUACUCAAAUACUACUCAAUAUAUAUCCUUUAACUUUGUAUUUGCAGCUGAUUUCCAUUAUGUUGAUAGUGAAAGUGCUAUCUAUUUUUCUUUUGUGUCCUCCAUAACGUUUUCAUGCAAACGUCAAUACACACCUGGAUAAUUAAAAGUAAACCUGAUUGACCAGA